UAGCUUUGUUGGGUUUAUUUUCUUGAUAUGACUGGCGUGAAUCAAAAGGAUUCUUCUAGUUUGCGCUAACAGAUUGAGGUAUGACAUGAAUGACAGUCCCUCCGUUUUACUUCGACCCAUAUUUACCUAUAGUCGGCUUGGCUAUAUAAGAACCCAACUUUCUCCUGACCAAAGGGUGAUAUUUUAUCUCUGUAUUCAAAAUAAAACUCUAGAACUCCCAAAUUAUUCAUUCACCUCAGACACCACACCCAAACCGCCAUCAUGCACCGUCAUAUUUUCAGUCUCACUACACUUGUUGCUAUUCUCGGGCAUGUAUCCGCUGACUGCCAACUCUCGAAUACCCUGACCGAGGCUGAGACAUCGCCUGAGACAAGAACAGAACUUUGCAUUCCUCAAGGCGAAGGCUCAUGGACCUUUGCAAUGGACAUCAGCGAAGUCGACGUCCCAACUUUCAACGGGGGCGCUCCCUGGGGUGGACUCGCGGGGCACAACGCAUACAUCAUCUACGAUAACGCGUGCAUCCCAAGGGGUGUAUAUGGCCCAUCGGGCAAUGACUGCGGCACUCCUUAUGUUAUUGAAGAAAACUUUCUCCCUUAUGUCCUGACGGUUAAAGACAUCGAUACCGACCUUGGUGGUGGUUACUUCAAGUUCGCUUAUGCAAACGGCUUAUACUCAAUCGGAAACAAUGGAUGCACAUGCGGGGACCUCUCCAGUGGCCUUGAGGGAGAGCAGGGAUGCAAGUGUGCUUUCCCUCUUCAGGGUGAACCGACCAAGGUUUAAACGGAGACUGUGAUUGGCCUGUAUUCUACCUGAGCAGACAGAGAGGCAAACAUCAUACCUGACUAUCUAUGUGUGGGUCUGCAAUGCCUGACUUGGACGGUUUUCAAAUCGUUACAAUAACGUGAAAAAUGAGCAUAUUUUCGUAAAUUGGAAUUCAUAAUUGGAAUAUGAUCA